AUGAGUAACUACCUCUCCAACUUCAUCAGUAGGUUCCAGGUAGGCAAUUUGGGCAUCGCCAGCACAAAUCUCGGUCACGAGACCGAAUCUGGCGGGCCAAAUUUCAGCUUCGUCACGGCGUUCAAUCCAUCGUGGGCCAGCGAUGAGGACGAAUCACUAGAUGGCGCCAGGAAACAGAUUCUCUUCUUCCUCACCCCCAAAAAGAAUUCUGCUGCAACCUCCCAUAACACAAAUGUAGAAUCUGUGUCUACGGAGGCAAUUGGGUCGCAGGAACAGGUGCAUCUUGUAGGAUUGUUACGGGGAUCAUAUUCACUAGUACAGGACUUCGGGAAGCUGGAGGGGCCGGUGACGAUAACGCUAUCCAAUCAGACGAUUGUGGUUGUGGAAUUGGAGCCUGGCUUCUUCUUGGCUUGCUGUUGCCGGACCGUUACGGGCUCUCUGGCCAAUUCAGAAACCAUAGGACUCAGCCAGACUGAGGCGUUGAUUAAACAGUGUCAUCAGCGAUUCCAGCUCUUCAAUUCGUCGUUCGAGCUGUUGAUAGGUUUAUAUGGCCGUGAGCAGUUUUGUGAGUUUCUACUGGAUCAUUGGCAGAACUUCAUCGACGCUGUCAAUCGUGGAUCGCAAAUCCCGUAUGGCCCACGCACUUUGACAUGGCCCACGCGGAUGAACGCGCAGGGAGCGCUUUUUUUUCUCCAGGACAGCAUUUGCCGUAAAUCUUCCAUUAGGCUCUCCGAACCAUGUAGGUCGGAGAUGGAGGACAUCGUGAAAUGCUCCGCUUCUCUAGUGACCGGAUGGACUAUCCACAAGUUCAACAGCGCGGCGGCAAAGGAAAAUGGACUCUUGUACCAGAGUUCCUCGGGUGGGGUGCAAUUGCAGCAAGAGUAUAUCAAUUGUAUAGGGGGGUAUCUCCAGCUCCUCGCAUCCAAUAAUUGUCUUACCAGCCAGUACUUGCUAUUGAAAGAUCAAUUGGUGCUGUAUUUUGAUGCGAUGUACAAGGAAUACGAUGAAAAAACCGAAGAUGGACUGCAAAGCGACUCGGAUGGCGAUGUGGAAGAGAACGUGUCUGUAUCGGCGUUCGGUGUAACUCCAUCUGCCGCCUUGGGCCUCCUACAUCCCGUCGCGCUCACUAACUCUCUUGUUGUGCUGCCUUUGAAUAGCACUGUCAAUCAGUUCCGAAACCUUGGACUGGCUGUUUCGGAUGGAAUAGUCUCGGCGCCAGACUGGCUAACGCCUUGGCGAUCGCAUGAGCCUCUAACAUCUGUGGGCUCCAGAGGAAGUAUCGAAUCACAGCAGUCUCUGUCUCAUACAUUCCGUGGUUCUUAUCUUGCUGGGUUGGUUGAUCAGGACAUUAGCAAUUUUCUUGUUUAUAUACCCACAAUCGUCGAUGGGAAAACAGAGUGGAGAGAGUAUAUCUUACUAGUUUAUGCAUUCGGCGAAUACGUUGUCACGCUCAUUUAUGACUCUGGCCUCGAAGAGCUCGCAGAUCCCCUGUUCUAUUCUGAGCUUGAGGAGAGCACGUUGAUACCCUUACUCAAAUUAGCCAUUGAAGGUGAGUUGUCGACGGGAUUCGACAUGUCUGCAAGCAUUGGCUCACUUCCUGGCCCCAUAGGAGAUGCCUUGAAGAACAACAAAAAGAGCAUGCAAACUACUGACCCUCAAACCAGUGGUGCUGAUAUUGACAGUGACUUCUUCUACAUCAUAUUUGAACCGGAAAAAGCGUGGUAUCAAACCUCACUCCCGGAUCUCGCCUCUGUCAAUGAACAUAACCCUUCCUUGCUGCGUGCAAUUUUCCACCUCCACAAUCAACUUGCUGGACAAUUGUUUGUGAAGGACCAUGAUAAGACCAUGUUCACCACAGGUAUAUCCGAUGAGCAUCUACACAAGUUUGCCAGCAGCAAAAGCAAUGACUGGCUCUUCUACACUAUGAAGUACAAAGGUAAAGUGAUUGUCAUUAUACGCAAUUAUAACCAUCGGGCCAAGUCAAAAGCAACUCUUGAACCAGCCAAUAGCUACUUAACACAGGUGGCCGACAGGGUAUAUGGGGCCGCCAAUCUCGGGUUCCUAGAUAAUCUUGGUAGCGAUGUCAAGGGAUGGCUAGGUAGACUAAGUUCUCAGGAGGAGACGGAUUGA